AUGCAAGUCAAGCUCUCCCUUCUGGCUGGCCUUCUGGCUGGCCUGCUGGCACUAUCCACCGCCACUCCGAUCCAAAACUAUGCCAUUCCCGACGAAGACAACAUGUCAAACACCACCCGCGCUGACAUGGAGACCACUUUCCCAUCCAACGAAACCCUCAACGCCGAGUCAUCAAGAGCUCUCACGAAAACAAUCACUCUAGGUUGCCAUGGCGAAUGCCCAGCACAGCAAGUCAAAAUCGACCCUGACAUACCGGUCAAGCCUCACACCUGCGUCCGAGAUGCACUUACAGCACUGGCCAACUGGCGAAUCUACUGCGACGGGCCGGAUCGUUGGCACCUCAAGAGUGCAUUUUGGAAGGGAAACGACGACGGCUCCUAUUUGAACCACCUGCGCCUAUGCAGCCUCGAACCACCUAGCAUAAUGUUGUGCUGCGGAGUGUCGGCGGACCUGGAGGAUCCCAACUACUUCAACUCUCCCAAGCUCAUGCGCAGCAGACAGAAGUGGGGAUUCGACGAGGAGGGCAAGACGUUCUUCUCAUGGUACUCGUGGGGAUGGAAUGAGUUCAACCACAACAACAUCUGCAAGAAAUGGAGAACGGAGAAUGAGGACCAGUAUGCGUAUUUCAUGCAGAACUUGAAGGGGCUGGGACUGGAGGAUGCCGAUGCCGACGGCAAAGUCUACGAUACCUGCGCUGACCAGACUAAGCCUGGCAACCCCACUGAUCCUUUGUGCAUUGGUGGUACGCGCUAUAUGGCCGAGGGUCCGGGCUUGUUGGAGCGUCGUCCUGGAUCUUGGCCACCCUAA